GGAGAACAAGAGUGAUCGAGACUGACUGAGCUCCUAAGGCCUCCAUCUGCUCGGUUUCUGGGGGGGAGACGGCUGGCUCCGUCCCGAGAUGCGCUCGUGCUCCCGCGCACAGCAGAGUCUCAUAGUUGAUUUAUCAAGUCAACGAACGUUCGAGAAGUCCAAUGCAAAGGAGAAGCAUUCAACUGUGAAAGUUCUUGAGCUUGAAGUUGAAGAGGCCGAGCGUCAUUCACCUUCUCCUCAUGAUUUUGGUCGCAAUGAUUGUGAUGCCAAGACUGAGGCGGCUGAGUACCCUAACUGCAACUCCCAGCUUCUCAAGAUUCUCUUGAAUAUUUGGUAGAAGGCGGGGGUGUCGGACUGAACAUUAUUGAUAGAUGUAAAAUAUCUUGUUCUCAUGGAGAAUCUUUUGUUUUAUUAUUUAAAUUGUUUUCGGCAU